UCAUCCACCAGCAAUAGGCACCAGCAUACCCUUGGCCACAUGGAUGAGAGGAGAUCACCCUCUUCCUGCUCUUCGAGGCCCUCCAGCCCCAGAACUCCACCCUGUGAGGUGUUUGGUUCUGUGGGCAUUGAGGCUGUGCUGGACCAGCUGCGGAUCAAGGCCAUGAAGACCGGGUUUGAGUUCAACAUCAUGGUGGUAGGGCAGAGUGGGCUGGGCAAGUCCACCAUGGUGAACACGCUGUUCAAGUCCAAAGUGUGGCAAGCAAGCCUACCUGCCAUGGAUAUACCCAUGCCGCAGACGCUGGAGCUGCACUCUGUGACGCACGUCAUCGAGGAGAAGGGACUGAAGCUGAAGCUGACGGUGACAGACACACCUGGCUUUGGAGACCAGAUCAACAAUGACAAGUGCUGGGACCCCAUCCUGAGCUACAUCAACCAACAGUAUGAGCAGUAUCUGCAGGAGGAGCUCCUCAUCACCCGCCAGCGCCACAUCCCUGACACCCGUGUGCACUGCUGCGUGUAUUUUGUGCCACCCACCGGCCACUGCCUACGGCCCCUGGACAUUGAGUUCCUGCGGCGGCUGUGCCGGACUGUGAAUGUGGUGCCCGUGAUCGCCCGGGCUGACAGCCUGACCAUUGAAGAACGAGACGCCUUCAGGAGCAGGAUCCAGGAAAACCUGAAAACUCACUGCAUCGAUGUGUAUCCACAGAAAUGUUUUGACGAGGACGUGAAUGACAGGCUCCUCAACAGUAAGAUCCGGGAGCAAAUCCCUUUUGCUGUGGUCGGGGCUGACCGAGAACACCUAGUGAAUGGGAGAUGCGUCCUGGGCCGGAAGACCAAAUGGGGCAUCAUUGAAGUGGAGAACAUGGCGCACUGUGAGUUUCUUCUCCUGAGAGACCUUCUCAUCCGUUCCCAUCUCCAGGACCUGAAGGACAUCACCCAUAAUGUCCACUAUGAGAACUACCGGGUCCUCAGACUCAAUGAGAGCCACCUGCUGCCCCGGGGACCAGGUUGGGUGAACCUGGCUCCAGCCUCCCCAGGACAGCUGAUGUCCCCUGGACAAGGAAAGGUCCGAAAGCGAACUAACAAAGAUUCCAAGGACAAUGAGUGCUGACUGGCCAUGGCCCCAA